AUGUCCGGUGUCGGUAUCAGUCCCAGUAGGAGUGGUUCGGCGAAGAGUCGUCUGAGGUCCCGUGACCAGGCCGAUCCAUGCAUCGACACAGCUCUUCCCCCAAUGAGUUCUAAACAGUUCACCGCUGUGAGCUCACGUCGUCUCCUUCGCGGCUCCGAAUCAUCGGUCGUUUUGGGAAGCGUCCGCGGGAACCAGCAGGCUGCCGCUGCACUGGGUGGUGCUCCUAUGCCCGGCAUGACCCGCGGGCCUAACGUACAUCGACGGACUGGAAGCACAUUGAAGACGGUCAUGAAGAAGAUCUUCAACCGCAAGCGAGGCAGCCAACUAGAUGACUUUGAUUCCGAUGUCCGGCUCAACGGUUCCAACACGUCGCGGCCGGAUCGAGGGGACGGGAUCCCCUCAUACUCAUUGUCCAGUUCACUGAGUUCGAAGCGAACCUAUGCCGUCCAGAAAGAGACGGAGGCUCCACUAACGCUGAACGAUGCUCUGGAAAAGUUGGAAAUCCAAGUCCCGCGACAACGUCGAGCUACACUACCUAGUUUGAUCUUCUCCGAUGACGAGUCCCGCGGCGCGCUCGGCGAAGUGGUCCCUUCGGGCCGAGCAGCAGGCGGUAGUCGCAAAAGCUCCCUACAUCUGCAUCCAAAUUCCGAUCAGGAGAACCGACGACGAAGACGACGGUCUCGAAGUGCCGGAGCGCUGCGGGGGAUGGCCAAGGACCAUCGCAUGUCGCCGAUCCAGUGGAGGAGACGAAGUAUAGAAUCCUACGUCGGAUCGACCGCUUACACCGUCGCCUCGGACAAUGAGCUAUCCCUGCGACCCCCGACAAGGGCGACUGUCACCAGUCUCCCGGAACCGUCCACCGAACCGUCCAUGUACGAGGUGCACCAGGUCGAGGCCGAGGCCGAAGCCGAAGCCGAAGCCGAGAGCAUUGCCCCGAACGUGGGGAAUCUCGUGAACACCAUGCAACAUGACGAGAAUAUCUCCCUGGGCCAACGACUGACCACAUUAGAGGUGAAGCUGAUCGAUUUGGAGUUUGCCAUUGCUCGCAUACAAGGCGGACGGAGCGACACCUCGCCAGUCGAGACGCCACCGUCAAAGAAAGCCGAUUCCGCAACGAGUCGACGACACAAUCGCGGGAAAUCCACGGCUCGCUCAUCCCCUGAUCCUUAUCAAUCGUCCGAACGUCCAGCGAGCACCGGCACGAUCCGCCCCGGCACCACCGGUAGCACUAGCGGUGGCAUGCAACGAUCGACAACCCUCCAACAACCAUCUUCCACAUCCCUCAGCGACACCACCUCGAUAUCCGUCGAACAAUACAGCGCCCUCGUUACGCUCCUGCGACGGGAACAAACCGCCCGUCGUAACCUUGAAGCGGAGGUCUCCGGUCUACGAGAAGACAUCCAACAGCUACAGCGCAUGGCUCGCAACUCGGUAGGCAUCGGAACCAUGUAUCCCAUCCGGAGCGCGGAUUCCCAGGAAUUCCUGCGCGUGCGUCAGGGCCGGUCAACGACAUCUUCCUCACACACGGAGGAUAACCCGGGGUCCGGAUCUGGGUCUCUGUCUCCGUCUCCGUAUGAAAGUGAUUCUGAAUGUGAUCGACCCGCGUUGCCUGCCAAGGAUGAUUUCUAUAAACCGAGAUGGCAAGCGACUCGACGGAUGGAAGUUGCGGGGAUGAUUUAG